ACCUUCCCCCAUCUGCAUUUAGGGAGGGGCAAGCAAGAUUUUGUUCUUUGUGUGCAGGCUGGAGUGACAGAACAGGAUGAGAUACGCACUUGUGAUAGUAAGUAGGAAGGAAACAGAUGCCUCCCUCAGAUAUAAAGUCUAGCUGGUGAUUUCUGCAAGUGGCCUUUCAUUGACGCAACACAAAGAGUAGACAAAAGGAUCAUUGCUUCUGUAACCCUCUCCAAAAAAAUUUAAAUAAAAAAAUCCUGCAGUUGGACUUCACAGCCAAUGUGCCACACAGCAUCAAUGUCCAAUACAACUAUCACCUCCAAUGCUUCGGGGGAGCAACAUUUUUGUCCCCUGCUGCAGAUCAUGCAGGAGCAUGCCCUGAACAACCAGACCAAGACCAACUGGAUCGUUGUUUGCUUCCACGGCCUGCUCUCCUGUUUUGGCAUUUUAGAGAACGCCCUGAUCCUUUGGGUGGUGGGUUUCCGUCUGCAGCGUCGUACAGUGACCGCCGUCUGGGUGCUCAAUUUGGCCAUGUCUGACUUCAUGGCCACACUGACACUUCCACUCUUCACUCUCUACCUGGCCUCCUCCCACAGUUGGGAGCUUGGCAACGCUCUCUGCAAAAUACAAGCAUCCAUCUUUUUCUUGAACAUGUUUGUGUCCGCCUUCCUGCUAGCAGCCAUUUCAAUGGACCGAUGCCUUCUAGUAAUCAAACCGGUGUGGUGCCAGAAUCAUCGAUCGGUAGCGCAAGCGUGGAAGGUGUGUUUGGUGGCUUGGCUGUGGGCAGCAAUUAAUACAUUUCCUUACUUCCUAUUUCGCUCAGUGACCGAGACUGCGGAUAAAAGGAAACUUUGCUACCAUAAUUUUGCCCUGCAUCAAACAUCGGAAGCCACACUUGAGAGAGACUGUGAAGUGAGGCAAACAGCCACAGCUGUCUCCAAACUGUUGCUGGCAUUCCUGAUUCCCCUCAUGGUGAUUGCGGGAAGCUACAUCCAAAUUGGACUCAGCCUGAGGAAAAGGAGUCGGAAGAGGAUGCAACAGAGCAUCAAGUUAAAUGAAGCGUUAAUUGGAUCAAACAAUAAUGGCACGUCGGGAGCUCCAACGCCACUUGCUUUUCCUCGAUCAUCCUUGAUACCUCCACCCUUGACCCCAGCCACAUCUUUUCGUCUCAACCAUCACAACCAGCUGUCCCAGAGCUUCACAAAGAUGGUGACAUCUGUGAUUUCAGUAUUUGCCCUAUGCUGGGCUCCCUAUCACAUCUUCUGCAUGAUUGAGGUGUCAGCCCUAUACUACGAGGAAAACCUUAAAGUGGUGGAGGUGGGAUUGCAUCUCGCCACAACCAUUGCCUUCUUUAAUUCAGUGCUGAAUCCCAUUCUGUACGCCUUUAGCUGCCCGCACUUUUGCGUGAGGAUAAGACAAAGCCUGGGAGCUGUCUUUGAUGGACUCGUAGAGGAGGGAGGAGGAAAACGAUUGUCUCCAACAUUCGGUGUACAAGCUCAUAUGAGGCCAAAAUGCAGUCGAGGUUCCUGCUAUACCACCUCACGAUCACCAAGGACUCCUUUACCUGGCCUUCCACCAAAAUUGGAUACUACUAACAAAUAAUAGAGCCUCAGUGAUGUCCAUAAAGCAUUGCGACUCAAGCAAUGAUGUACAACAUGUCUGAAUCGGUGCAAGGCUUUAGUCAUCUGUUUCAGGAAUGAGAGUCGUCCCAGUUGACACAUCUCUACAAAAACAGUUUGCAUUCUUACUCAUAUUAAUAUGGUUGAAUCAUUUUUGCUCUUCACACGUAAAUAAAAACUACCAUGCAAAGCAAAAACCAUGCAUCAACAAUGCCUCGAAACAUCAUUGGCAUAUCUGGGCUUGAGCUCAUCUGUGAUAGACUGACUCUCAGCGGGUAAGUAUGGUGUGGUUAGACGAGUUCACAUUUAAAAUUGUUUUUGAAAAUGGACAUUGUAUCCUCAGGACCAAAGUUCAAUGGCCAGUAUGUGUUAUGAGCACGGUAUAUUUCACUUGCACAUAUUUGAAAGCAUCACUAACCCUGCAUACAUGUUUUGGAGCAACAUAUGCUGCCAACCAUGCAAUAUAUUUUCCCGGGACAUCCCUGCUUAUUUCAGCAUGACAUUACCAUGACACAUUACAACUGUAACUGUUACAAGGUACAUCAGCGGAGACCCUGGACUGUUGAGCAACUGUAGCCGUACAUCAAGCAAGAAUGGGAAAGAAUUCCACCUCCAAAGCUUAAACAAUUUGUGUUCUUAGUUUCAAAAUGCGUAUUGAGUGUUUUGACAGGGAAAGGUAUGUAAAUGUAGUAAAUGUGCACCUGUCUGAGCUAUUUUAAAUUGUGUUUCAGGUAUCAAAUUCAAAAUACAGUAAGUGAAUAUUUGGAAACACGCACACACACACGCAUAAAGUUUAUCAGUUUGAGCAUUAAUUAUGUCAUCUUUGUCGCAUAGUCAACUGAAUUAAAACUGAAAAGGAUUUGAAAGUAAUUGUCUUCUGUUUUUAAUCCCCAUCGUCAUUGUAAUUGGGUUUGUCAAAUACUGUGACAUACGUAUGAAAAACAAAUGUAAAAAAUGGAUGAAUUGAUUGCCUCCUUUUUAGAGGGUACAUUUUUGCAGGGUUUAAUUGAAUUCCAAAUUAAGGAUAAAAAUAUUUCUUGCAUUUGGCAAGUAAUCUUGCAAAACAACUACAACAGAGAUUCUGAAUGACAACAUGAUUGUUAAUCACUAGAGGGCAGUCUGUCAUCCCAUUCAUUAACAUGAAACAUGUUAGCGUAGGAUUAUGCUUUUCAGGUCCCCUAAUCCAGGAUCAUUAUAAAUCUGCAGUGCUGAACAUUUGACCACCUUUCUGGAAGAUUAGAUUUGAUCAUACUGUAUGAGACACUAAUUUUGAUUGAUUGUCCCUCAACCAACACCCAAAUUGUCUGGUUCCAUCACAUUUAGACACACACAGGAUGUAAUGUGGGUCAAACCAAUGUAGGAUUACCAUGGAGGUAGUUGUAAUUUGAGGGGAAUAUUAAAGAGAAAAGAUCAUGAAUACAAAAACAGAACGGGAUUAAAAGGAAAGAGUCAUCAGACCUACAUACACAGCUCCCUUUCUAUCUCAGCCAUUCAACAGAUAAUCUCUCGGCAGUUGGGACGUUACUCUUCCAUUGUUUUCUUCUCCAGAACAAACCCUGAGCAUGUACAGCAAUAGUGUGGCAUUUGAGGGGAUGAAGCAAAUUGAGUCUUGUUCUUAGAAAUGAAACCAAACGUGAAUAUCAGGAGUAAAUUCAGAGAAAAUAUGGCUUGAUCUUGGCAUUAACACAAUAAAAAUCAAUGAUUUAAACUGAUCAGAUAGGAUUUUACACUCAGUCUGUCAAACUGUAUGCCUACAAAGACAGUGGAAGUCUAAACCGAAAGAUGUGAGGAGAAGAAUCAGAGUGACAAGGUGGCAGGAGAUUGGAAUUGGAUUGCUUGAACGGGUUUAAUGCACUAAUACUAUGCUUGUAGUUGACAGAUGCUGGGUAGAGCAUUAAAUCUGUGUUCCAUGUUUGUGAUUUUCUUUUGGCCACCAGAAAUCCUACACUCCCCUUUUUACUUGAAUUCGACAUAUUUUAAGGCUUGUUGCUGUUACCAAACUAAAUAUAUGGCAUUGUGUGUGUAUCACAUUGUUAGAAUUGUAAAAUCAAAUCAAGUUGAGCAGCUUGACCGGACAGAUGCUUGUCCGUGUGUGUGUGUAAUCAUGGUUUGUGUCGAUUACUAUCGCUGCAUUGUCAUACUCAAAACAUGUCAAAUCUAGUUCUUUAUUCAGUUAAAUAUAUGUUUUGGAAUGCA